AUGGGCCUGAUGGACAUCCUCUUGUCCAUCAAAGACCGAGCUGACAAGUUCCUGAACGAGAAGAACAUGGUGACAGACUUUCUGGGGAAGGUGGAGGACAAAACAGGCAUCAGGAAGAAGGUCCUUGCAGCGGGUGCCGUCUCACUGACCGGACUCUACCUGGUGUAUGGAUAUGGUGCCUCCCUCCUCUGCAACCUGAUUGGUUUCGUGUAUCCAGCCUAUUACUCAAUCAAAGCUAUUGAAAGUCUGAACAAAGAAGACGACACAAAAUGGCUGACGUACUGGGUGGUGUACGGCGUCUUCAGCCUGGGCGAGUUCUUCUCCGAUAUUUUCCUCUACUGGUUCCCGUUCUACUAUGCUUUUAAGUGUCUCUUCCUGUUGUGGUGCAUGGCUCCGAUGUCGUGGAACGGCUCCCAGAUCAUCUACAACAAAGUGGUUCGGCCCGUCUUCCUGCGCCACGAGGCCACGGUGGACAAUAUGGUGAGCAACCUCGGCGGGAAGGUCAUGAGCACCGCGGAGAACCUCACCAGAGAAGUCCUGACCACUCUGAUGAAGAAUAAAUCUCUGGUGACUCAGGUGCAACCGGUCGGUCAGUCUGAACCGAAGAGUUUACCGAGUUCAUCGGGAGAAACAUCAGCAGCUAAAGUAGCUCCGUCAGAGCCGAGCGAAGACCGAGCAGUACAAGUAGAGCUCGUAGAUGUGCAGCACCUGCCGGGUUCAGGAAUAGCACAAACCUCAGUGACCCCUGUAGAACCUCAGCAGUGCUGGGCUGCAGAUGGACUGGAUCCUGCUUGA